AUGCAGGAUAGGAAAAUCAAAUUAAAUUAUGUUCCAGAUGGACUACGAAGUGAAGAGUGCUCUCUAAAGCCUCACACGUCGCGAUUUAACAGCCUCUACCACACGCAUUGUGCAGUCCGCAUUGACGAUAUGCAAAACCAAAGCUUUUGGCGC